GUAUGUAAAUUUCUUUCUUGUUUAAUCCAGGUCUUGCCUAUUUGUGUUGGAGUUUUUCAUUCUGCGUAUAGAACUUUUUGUGAAACCAAAAGAAGGACGUUUUAUUAUCAUGGAUGCUACAGGACGUUUAGAAAUUUCUCAAGGUGAAUCAUUCAUUGAUGUCAAAUCCUUUUUUGAAUCUGCUCCACCUCUGAAAAAUAGUGACAGUAUCACUCAGAAGUCAAGCCCGACUUGUUGUUUUGGUAAUUUGCUCGUCUCAGGAAAUGCCAAAAGUGUUGGGGUUGUUUGUGUAACUUCUGGAGGCACAACUGUCCCCUUGGAACAACGUUGUGUGCGGUACAUUGAUAAUUUCAGUUCAGGCAACAGAGGGGCUGCAUCUACUGAGUACUUUGUGAAAGCUGGAUAUGCUGUUAUCUUUGUGCAUAGAAGGGGAAGUUGUCAGCCUUAUUGUAGAUACCUUCCCGAAGAUUCAUUUCUUGAGUUCUUUGAAGUUUUGAACGAUUCAGAAAUUCAAGGGAGAAAAUGGCCAAAAAGGUUUCUGGACUAUUUGCGGGGAGUGAUUUUAGUACCACAUCCGAAUGAGUUCAACUCUAUCAUUCGAGAUCUGAGAGAUAUUGAUGCUAUAUUUUGUUUCACAAUGUCAGUGUGCCAUCCACAUGCAACGGUGGUGAAGAAGGCAAUUAAAGAGUAUCAUUCGGCUGUGAAUGGAGGCUUUUUGCUGAAACUACCUUUCACCACUAUAUUUGAAUAUCUACAGAUAAUACAAGUGGUGGCCACAUCAUUGAGUUGUCUAGGACCUCGUGGAAUGUUUUAUCUUGCUGCUGCAGUAUCAGACUUCUAUGUUCCAUGGGAAAAUAUGGCAAAACAUAAGAUCCAAUCAGCAGCUGGUCCUCUUGAUAUGCGGCUUACUCAAGUGCCCAAAAUGCUUCGGAUUUUGAGGACAGAUUGGGCCCCUUCUGCAUUUUGUGUAUCAUUCAAGUUGGAGACAGAUUCUGAGAUCCUACUCCAGAAAGCUGAAUCUGCACUCAGAAAGUAUCAGAUGCAUGUAGUAGUAGCUAAUGAGCUCGCGACCUACAAAAGGGAGGUUAUAGCAGUGUCCCUUGAUGGGAAGAUCAGCAUUCGAAAGCAGAGCGAGGAUGCUGAUGUCGAGGAGCAGCUUAUCAAACUCCUGGUGGAGAAACACAAUAAGUACAUUGAAUGCUGUGGAAUGGGCUGAAGCUGAAAAAUGCAGAACAUGUGCCCAUCAUUGACAAAACUAUACAACUGGUAUGCUCAGCCUUCAUUUUGGACAACUUUCUUACUGUUUAUUAAGGCUUCGUUUGGGACAGCUUUCUCAUUGCUUCUUAAAUCAGCUUUUUAUUACAAAAAUUAAAAUUGUUGUACUAGAAAGCUGCUUUAAGAAGUAGUAAGAAAGUUAUCCCAAACAAAGCCUAAAUCAGCUUUCUAAUACAAAAUUAAAAUUUUUAUGCUAAAAGCUGUUUUAAGAAUCAAUAAGAAAGUUAUUACAAAUAAAAACUUCAUUAGUUUUUCACGUUGAUUUUGAACGAAGAAAGCUUUAUGUUUAUAUUG